AUGGUAAUGAAGUGGAACAGACCGACCCACAAGAGUGGAACAGACCGACCCACAAGAGUGGAACAGACCGACCCUCAAGAGUGGAACAGACCGACCCACAAGAGUGGAACAGACCGACCCUCAAGAGUGGAACAGACCGACCCACAAGAGUGGAACAGACCGACCCUCAAGAGUGGAACAGACCGACCCACAAGAGUGGAACAGACCGACCCUCAAGAGUGGAACAGACCGACCCACAAGAGUGGAACAGACCGACCCACAAGAGUGGAACAGACCGACCCACAAGAGUGGAACAGACCGACCCACAAGAGUGGAACAGACCGACCCACAAGAGUGGAACAGACCGACCCACAAGAGUGGAAAAGACCGACCCACAAGAGUGGAACAGACCGACCCACAAGAGUGGAACAGACCGACCCCCACAAGAGUGGAACAGACCGACCCACAAGAGUGGAAAAGACCGACCCACAAGAGUGGAACAGACCGACCCACAAGAGUGGAAAAGACCGACCCACAAGAGUGGAACAGACCGACCCACAAGAGUGGAACAGACCGACCCACAAGAGUGGAACAGACCGACCCACAAGAGUGGAACAGACCGACCCUCAAGAGUGGAACAGACCGACCCACAAGAGUGGAAAAGACCGACCCACAAGAGUGGAACAGACCGACCCACAAGAGUGGAACAGACCGACCCACAAGAGUGGAACAGACCGACCCACAAGAGUGGAACAGACCGACCCACAAGAGUGGAACAGACCGACCCACAAGAGUGGAACAGACCGACCCACAAGAGUGGAACAGACCGACCCACAAGAGUGGAACAGACCGACCCACAAGAGUGGAACAGACCGACCCACAAGAGUGGAACAGACCGACCCACAAGAGUGGAACAGACCGACCCACAGUGGAACAGACCGACCCACAAGAGUGGAACAGACCGACCAUCAAGAGUGGAACAGACCGACCCACAGAGUGGAACAGACCGACCCACAAGAGUGGAACAGACCGACCAUCAAGAGUGGAACAGACCGACCCACAAGAGCGGAACAGACCGACCCACAAGAGUGGAACAGACCGACCAUCAAGAGUGGAACAGACCGACCCACAAGAGUGGAAAAGACCGACCCACAAGAGUGGAACAGACCGACCCACAAGAGUGGAAAAGACCGACCCACAAGAGUGGAACAGACCGACCCACAAGAGUGGAACAGACCGACCAUCAAGAGUGGAACAGACCGACCCACAAGAGUGGAAAAGACCGACCCACAAGAGUGGAACAGACCGACCCACAAGAGUGGAACAGACCGACCAUCAAGAGUGGAACAGACCGACCCACAAGAGUGGAACAGACCGACCCACAAGAGUGGAACAGACCGACCAUCAAGAGUGGAACAGACCGACCAUCAUGAGUGGAACAGACCGACCAUCAAGAGUGGAACAGACCGACCCACAUGA